AGAACGGAGUGGACUUGUGAUCUAAACUCGUCAACGCUAAGAAAUAGUUUAGUGGUUGCCGGCACCCCCGCUUGCUUCCAGGCAAGCAGAGCCGGUUCCAUGGAUUCAUUUUCUCUGCAACUUUCUCCACAUCUUCCUGGAAGUUCAACGCAGCAUAUCGAUAUCACUCAGAUUCACGAUGAAUUGGCUGGCUCUUUCACGUUCUCUCUCUUGCCUCCUUCAUCACUCGUCCACUUGGUAAUUCGCCAACUCAAAUCUCUGUCAGGCUGAUUGCUACAGGAAUUUGGUUUAAAUUCAAUCUGAUUGAAACGGUUGACUUCCGGAGACUUGCUCUUUUUCAGCUCUCAAAUAGAAGUAAUAUCGGAUUGAGGUUGAGGAAAACAAACGAUUUAGGUUUUUGUAUAUGGAUUAGAACUGAUUUAGUUUUUUUUUUCUGCAAAUGAUGGUGUAAAAAGAUUCCAUGAUCUGUCUGAGAGGAAGAAGGGAGGUCCUGGUUGAGUGAAUUUUGGCUGGUGGAAUGGUGAUAGGAAAUGCGCAGACUACUUCAUAGAGUCCUUGCACAGUUAAAGAGAUGGUGUUGGAUGUGAUUAUCGAUCCUGCUAUUGAAACAGCUGCAGUAAUCCUGUCUCCGAUCAUUGAAGCCCUUAUUGAGAUAACAAUCGGUGCUAAAAAUGUCUUCAUUGAAAAAAAGAGUUUUGCAGAGCUAGCUAAAUAUUUGGAAAGGAUUGUGUCUCUCCUAAAAGAGUUCAUGCAUAAGGAAAUUGAAGUCACAAGCUUAAACAAUGUUGUUGAGAUUCUUCGUCACGAAGUUAAAAUGGCGAAAGAAUUGGUAGAGGAAUGUGGUCAGAAGAAUCGGGUUUAUUUGCUUGUGAAUUGUCGUUCCAUUGCAAAGCGAUUGGAGAGAAUAACAAGAGAGAUAAGUAGGGCAUUGAGUCUCAUUCCUCUAAGCUCGUUGGAUCUUUCUUUGAAUAGGAUUGCUGAGAUCAAAGGUCUUAUGGACAGUAUGCGGGACACAGAAAUCAAGGCAGCUAUAGUUGAAGAGGAGAUUCUGCAGAAAAUAGAAUUGGGAAUACAUGAGAGGAAUUUUGAUUCCUCCUAUGUAAAUAAUUUAUUGCUCAAGAUUGCAGAUACUGUUGGGAUCUCAAAAGAGCCAUCGUCAUUGAGGAAAGAAUUUGAAGAAUGCAAGAAAGAAAUUGAAAUUGUACGCCUCAAGAAGGACCAUGCUGAAGCCAUACAUAUGGAUCAAAUAAUCGCAUUUCUAGAGCGAGCUGAUGUUACUUCAUCUCCUAAUGAAAGAGAAAUCAAGUAUCAGACAAAGCGGGAUUCUUUAGGAAUUCAACCAUUGGAACCUCUCCGGUCAUUUUAUUGCCCAAUUACAGAGGAUGUUAUGUUGGACCCGGUGGAGACUUCUUUAGGUCACACAUUUGAGAGAAGUGCUAUAGAAAAGUGGUAUGCAGAAGGGAACAACUUGUGCCCGUUGACAUCUACACCUGUAGACACAUCAAUUAUACGGCCUAAUAAAACCUUACGACAGUCAAUCGAGGAAUGGAAAGACAGAAACACAAUGAUCAAGCUUGCUUCUAUGAAAUCAAAGCUCUCAUCACAAGGGGAAGAAGUGGCUAGUUGCUUGGAUGAGCUACAAAAAAUCUGUAACAGAGAUAUACACCAAGAAUGGGUAUUAUUGGAAAAUUACAUACCAAUCCUUAUUGGACUUCUGACUGAUAAAAGUCAAAGCCGAGAGAUUCGGCAUCAAGCUCUUGUCAUCUUAUGCAUACUUGCAAAGAAUAACGAUGAUGCUAAGGAAAGAAUUGCAGAAGUUAAUAAUGCAAUUGAAUCAAUCGUUCUCUUUCUUGGACGUAGCAUUAGGGAUGCCAAGGUAGCAGUUGAACUGUUGUUGGAACUUUCUAAAAAUGAGUUGAUUCUCGUGCAAAUUGGGAAAGCUCAGGGUUGUAUACUUCUUUUGGUCACCUUGUCAAGCAACAACGACUCCCAAGCUUCUGAAGAUGCAAGGAAACUUCUGCACAAACUAUCAUUCUCGGACCAGAAUAUAAUCCUUAUGGCAAGGUCAAACUAUUUUGAACCUUUGCUUCUGUGCCUUUCUUCUGGACCAGAAGUUGUGAGGCAGACAAUGGUGAUGACUUUAGCAGAAAUGGAGUUGACUGAAUUUAAUAGAUCUUCACUAUUUGGGCGUGGUGUAUUGACUUCACUGCUUAACUUGAUCUUGCAAGACAAUUCUGCAAUGAAAAAAGCUGCUGCAAAAGCUAUACAGAAUCUCUCAAGCUUACCAAGGAAUGGGCUACAGAUGAUUCAGGAAGGUGUUGUACGUCCAUUGCUUGACCUUCUCUUCCUUCCUUCAUCGCCUUUGGAGUUACGUGAAGAUGUGGCAACCACAAUUGUAAACCUAGCUCGAGCAACCGAGUUGUCAGACACAAAUGAUACAGAAGUGACACUAUUGGAAUCAGACGAAGAUCUAUAUAGACUAUUCUCUAUGGUUAACACCAGAGCACCUAGUAUACAACAAAGUGUUCUUCAGGCGUUUCAAGCAAUGUGUUGUUCCCCCUCAGCUUCCACAAUCAAGAACAAGUUAGCUCAGUGCAUGCCAGAAUUGCUACCAUUGUGUGAGAAUGACAACCGCAUGGUACGGGCAAGUGCUAUUAAACUUCUCUCUUGCUUGACUGACAAUAAUAAAGUUAAUGCCCUGGAACAUAUGGAUGAGAAUUCAAUCAAGACGAUACUAACGAUUAUCAGUAGUUCUGAUGAUGAAGAGGAAAUUGUUUCUGCAAUGGGUAUCAUCUCUAACCUCCCUGAACGACCUCAUAUCGCCGAGUGUAUGGUGAAUUUGGGAACUCUUUCACGCAUAGUGAAAUAUCUUUCUGAUGGUAACCGUCACAAUGGUAACCACAAGGAACAAUUGAAAGAGAAUGCUGUCGGAGCUUUACGCCAUUUCUCCAAUUCAACUAAUCAGCCAUUGCAGAAGAUAGCGGCUGAAACUGGCGUCAUUCGGUUGUUGGUAAAACUUCUAGAGUCUGGAACCGAUCUGACAAAAGAACGAGCAGCAAGUUGUCUGGCUGGUUUCUCUAGAAAUUCAACUGCAGUGAGUAAACAUGUUCAUAAUUCUAAUGGAUUCGCUCGUCUAUUCUGCUGCUCUUCUCCUCCAGAACAGGGAUGCCCAGUUCAUAGAGGAAUUUGUACAGAAGAAGAAUCGUUUUGUUUAGUGAAAACGGGUGCAGUCGGACCACUUGCUAGAGUUAUGGAAGGAAGGAAUCUUGGAGCCUCGGAAGCUGCUUUGGAUGCACUCUUGACUUUGAUCGAAGGCGAAAAACUGCAAAACGGUUGCAAGAUUCUGGCAGAAGCAAAUGCUAUACGUCCAAUUAUAGACCUGCUUGGUAGAAAUUCCUCAGUGUUGCAAGAAAAAGUAUUGAUUUCUCUUGAGAGGAUCUUUCGGCUAAUAGAAUUUAAGCAGAGAUAUGGAGGACCGGCUCAGACUCUUUUGGUCGAUUUGACUCAAAGGGGCGAUAAUAAUACUCGACCACUGGCUGCGAAGAUACUUGCUCAUCUUGGUGUUAUUCAUCAACAAUCCUCAUAUUUCUGAGAA